GAUUGGUCGGACUGAUAAAAAAUUCUGACUUGUCUCGAUGCUGUUCUGUUGCAGAGCUAACGAGACUGGUCGGGCUGGAUCCAUGCGGAACCCGGCUUGUUGUAUAGCACCGGAAGGGGGGGACGUUAUCCUCUCCUAGCUCCACGUGUGGCUUUGCUGCUCUGACUCCACUGGCCGGCCGGCCCACCGAUUGCUGCCGGCCCAUCGAUUCCACCGCCGGUGCUCCCCGUCUCCGCCAAUGACGUCCAUGGCGGGGCUUCACGCGGUUGCAAUCACACGACCCAUCCCGCGAGCUUCCAUCCGUGGGGAAAGGAAGACCUCUGGGGAAGUAAGGGAGGAUUGGAGGGAGAAGUCGAGACCCAUUAGGCCAGGUGGUGUUUAUCCUGCUAAGGAUCACUGCAGCCGUUGUGGACUAUGUGAUACUUACUACAUUGCCCAUGUCAAGAACGCUUGCGCUUUCUUGGGAGAUGGCAUGUCGAGGAUCGAGGCUUUGGAGCCUUCUGUUCAUGGUAGAGGAAGGAACUUGGACUCAUUAGAUGACGUCUAUUUUGGAGUGCAUGAGAAGAUGUUGUAUGCUAAAAAGAUGGCGCCCGUUGAAGGAGCCCAAUGGACCGGCAUUGUCACAACAAUUGCAAUUGAAAUGUUGAAAGCAAACCUGGUUGAUGCUGUAAUUUGUGUGCAGAGUGACCCAGAUGAUAGAUUGAGCCCGAGGCCCAUUUUAGCCAGGACACCUGAUGAAGUUCUUGCAGCAAAGGGAGUCAAGCCAACAUUAUCUCCCAAUCUGAACACCCUUGCCCUAGUUGAGGCAGCAGGUGUGAAACGUCUACUUUUCUGUGGUGUGGGUUGCCAAGUACAAGCAUUGCGAUCAGUAGAGCACCAUUUGAAUUUAGACAAGCUUUAUGUACUCGGCACCAACUGUGUUGAUAAUGGAACCCGUGAAGGGCUGCAAAAGUUUCUACAAGCUGCAAGCAGAGAGCCUGAGACUGUUCUUCAUUAUGAAUUUAUGCAAGACUACAAGGUCCACCUGAAGCAUUUGGAUGGCCAUAUCGAGGAGGUACCUUAUUUCUGUCUUCCAGCUAAUGAAUUGGUCGAUGUAAUAGCAUCUUCUUGCUAUAGUUGCUUUGAUUACACUAAUGCCCUAGCGGACUUGGUAGUGGGGUACAUGGGAGUACCAAAGUAUUCAGGUGUUAGUAUGUCACAGCAUCCGCAAUAUAUCACUGUUAGAAAUGAACGAGGAAGAGAAAUGCUUCGCUUAGUGGAAAAUCUUUUGGAGACCUCUCCUACAAUCAGCAGCGGCAACCGACAACCAUAUGUGAUGGAAACUGUCAAGGCAGAUGACCAGGCCAAAUCAGGGAAGGCAUCUCCUCCUGCUCCAAAGUUUGUUGGUGAUCUGAUUGCCUUUAUCCUUAAUCUGAUCGGACCAAAAGGUCUUGAAUUUGCACGUUACUCGUUGGACUACCACACCAUCCGCAACUUCCUACAUGUAUACCGUACAUGGGGAGAACGCAGAGCAGAGCGGCACAUGCCAUCGUAUGCAAAAAGGCUUAUAGACAUGUACAACAAGAACGGCCAGAUUGAUUCGUUGCUUUCAAACAAGUAGUGUUGAAAACCCGACACUUCGGCAGGCGUUCAUCCAGCACCGUACACUUCAGACGUCGUUAAUUGAAGGCUAAAUAUGCUUAGCGCCUAGUUGGCUGCAAAAUGCGCAAAAUCCCCCAUGCAAGGUCCUAUCCUAUAGACGCAUCAUCUGUAUAUCUGUGAAGUAGCAGAAACACUUCGUUGCAUGGGGGUCUGCCAACUGCCAAGUGAUAAAAAAUAUCUGGCUGGCGUCAAAAUCUCCAGUAUGAUCCUGUAAACUAGCAUACUUUGGCAUCGAGCAGGUGUUUAAAUUAAUGGUAUGAUAAGUUGCACGAACGACCAGUAAAUAUGAAAAGACCGAUGUGAGCUUGCUUAACAAAAAGUAUAUUGUUGUUCACAAAUAUAUUAAAGAUCGAUUGUUUGACAAUCAAUCUGAUGAAUCCAUCCGAAUUAGUUCAAUUUUC